AUGGAAGAACAUGUUAAGAGCUUGGAAAGGAAGUUAGAAGAGCAAGCAAAAACAAUGCAGGAAUUGAUGCAGAUGGUCAGGGAGAUGAAGGAAUCUAGCAAUUCUUCUUAUGCAAGUCCAAGAACACCUGUUAACACCAAUUUCAGACAGCAAGGUAUGAAUCCAAAACUUGAAUUUCCCAAGUUUGAUGGAUCUAAUCCAAGAAAUUGGUUAAAGAAGUAUUGUAGAUACUCUGCACUAUGUAGAGUACCUGAUGAACAGAAGGUUAAUCCAGCCUCAUUGUAUAUGGUGGAUAGAGCUGAAAGCUGGGUUACUAGUUACUUGACAGUAAGGGCAAAUGUAGAGUGGGAUGAUUUCAUAAUUGACUUGGUAGCAAGAUUCAAAGACACUAAAAGUCUGAAUGUGGUAGAACAGUUUAAUAAACUGAAUCAAUCAGGAACUUUGGAGGAUUAUAUUGAUGAAUUUGAAAGUUUGAAAGCCAUUAUGAUGCAGAGUGGUCAUAUAUUACCUGAUUCCUAUUUGCUAGAGAGUUUUGUGGGAGGGUUAAAAGAUUCCAACAAGUCUCUCAUUAAAUACCAACCUAAACCAUUUAAACACAUACCAGCUGAUGUGAGAGCUGCAAAAAUAGCUAAAGGGUUGUGUUAUUACUACGAUCAACCCUAUGAAAGAGGUCAUAAAUGUCAAUUUAAAGAACCUCGGCUAUUUACUGUGGAGUUUCUAGAAGAAGGUGACAAGCAAGAGAAUCGGUUAGGGAAUGAUGAUGUGGAAGAAGAACAGCAAUUGUCCCCACAGAUUUCAGUCAAUGCCUUGUCUGGAAAUCAAAGUUACCAUACCAUGAGAGUCCAAGGCUUGGUGAAUGGGAAGCCUUUACACAUUCUCAUUGAUUCAGGGAGUACUCACAACUUCCUUGAUACUGAUGUUGCCAAGAAGUUAGGGUGUCCUAUAAGUGCAAUAGACCCUCAGUCAGUAGCUGUGGCUGAUGGAAAUCAUAUAGCCUGCACACACAUGAGUAAAGAAUUUCAGUGGAGUUUGUUGAGCAAGAAUUUUGUUACUGAUGCUCUAUUGAUUUCUUUAGGCAGUUGUGAUAUGGUAUUAGGGGUGCAAUGGUUGAGUACUCUAGGACCUAUUAGUUGGGAUUUCAAGAAUCUGGUAAUGGAAUUUAUAAUAGAAGAUAGGAAGGUUACUUUGAGGGGUAUUUCACCUAGUAAGCUGAAGAUAGUAGAAGGUGAACCUUCUGGUAAACUAUUAGCUACAGCAGCUCAUAUUUGUUUGCUUCUAAAACUGGAAACUUCUUGUUGUUCUAUUAAGGUUACAUCAACACAUUCUGUGACCUAUCCUGAAUUAGAAGCUUUGAAGCAGAAAUACAAGAAGAUUUUUGCAGAUCCAGUAGACUUACCCCCUAGUAGAGGUGUUUUUGAUCAUAGGGUGGUGUUGGAAGAAGGCAAAGGUCCUAUAAACAUUAGGCCAUAUAGGUAUCCUUUGAAGCAAAGGGAUCUAGAUGAACUUAUUGAUGAACUUUCAGGAGCUAAGGUCUUUACUAAGUUAGACCUUACAGCUGGCUAUCACCAACUCAGAAUGCAUGAUGGAGAUGUGUUUAAAACAGCUUUUAAGACACAUACUGGCCACUAUGAAUUCUCAGUGAUGCCAUUUGGCCUCACAAAUGCUCCAGCUUCUUUCCAAGGGUGGAUGAAUCAGGUUUUUAAACCAUUGCUUAGAAAGAGUGUCUUGGUAUUCUUUGACGAUAUUUUAAUAUACAGUGGGUCACUUGAAGAUCAUUGGAGACACUUGGAAGAUGUUUUUGCAUUAAUGGAGAAGAAUCAAAUCAAGGGUGUAGAAACAGAUCCUGAAAAGGUGGCAGUCAUAGCCAGUUGGCCUACCCCUACUUCUGUUAAGGAGCUGCGCAGUUUUCUUGCCUUAGCAGGAUACUACAGGAAAUUUGUCAAAGGAUUUGCACUUAUUAGCAAACCUUUAACAAAUCUACUUAAGAAAGGAGCUUUUCAGUGGACAGAAGAGUCUCAACAUGCUCUAGAAUCUUUAAAAAUUGCUUUAACUACUGCACCUAUCUUAGCUGUUCCUGAUUUUAACAAAGUGUUUGUUGUUGAAACAGAUGCAUCUAAAUAUGGUAUUGGUGCAGUGCUUAUGCAGGAGAAUCAUCCCAUAGCUUUAUCAGCAGAACACUGGGUCCUAGAUGGCAAUCUCUCUCUGUGUAUGAAAAGGAACUAUUAG